AAGAAACAUGGCAGAAACCCAGCCCAUAAGAAGCGCAGAAAUAGCUGGUUGCUUAAUGCUUGCAAAUUGUUUCUCCAAGCCUAUCUAUUAAAACUCCCGCUCGUACUCGCACAAUUCAACUCAAUGGCAGACACGAAAGCUGUGGAAAAAGCUGAAGCGGUCGCAAAAAUUGAUUUAUUUGAAGACGAUGACGAGUUCGAAGAGUUCGAAAUCGGUCAAGAGUUUGAUGAAAAGAAGGAAGUAGGGAGUGAUGUAACACAGCAGUGGGAAGAUGAUUGGGAUGAUGAUGAUGUGAGUGAUGACUUCUCCUUGCAGCUGAGGAGAGAGUUGGUGAAUAAUUCUACCGAGAAGAAAUGAAAAUGAGCUAAGUCGUGCUUGUGUAUUUGUUUAACUGCAGAAUUUCGUUCGUCUUAAGUGUUUUUCUGCAAAUGUUGUUAAUCUGGUGAAAGAAUGCUUUACUCUGGUAUCGACUUUUGUUGAAUUUGAAAUCGGGUGGUUGCAACUUGCUAUUGCACGGAUAUGAGCCCUUUAUGAUC